AUGGAGAAAGUGUACGAUAGAGUGGAAUGGACGUUCCUCAAACAGGUCCUGAUGCGGUUCAGUUUCUCCUCUAAGUGGAUAGGAAUUGCCGAAAAUUGUUGGGCUAGUAGUUGGGUAUCCAUGUUGGUUAACAGGGAAGCUUCAGGAUUCUUCAAGCCUUCUAGAGGGCUGAGGCAAGGGGACCCUCUUUCUCCAAGCAUUUUUAUCAUUUGUGCAGACGUUCUUAGUAGAGGUCUCAAUCGGCAUGUAGAUCAAGGCCAUUGUUUACCGUACAAACUCAAGAGAAGCUGUCCAAGAGUUACACACCUCCUAUAUGCGGACGACACUUUGCUUUUUCUUAACGGGAGUAUCAAAUCUCUCCGCAAAACCAUGACGGUUCUGGAUGAUUACCAGAAAGCAUCUGGGGUGCCACUAGCAGUGGGAAGGCUAAAAGCAAGAGAUUUUCAACCCCUCAUAGACAAGGUUGAGGGGCGUAUUAGGGGGAGCAUGCUUAAAGAGCUAGAGGGCAGGUUCUCCAGCUUUUUCUGGGGGUGGGCUGAUGGGAAAAGGAAACUCCAUUGGAGAAGUUGGGAAACCAUUACUAGGCCGAAGGUGGAAGGAGGACUAAGAAUCCAGAAAUUAUCAGAAGUAAUGCAUGCGUUUCAGAUAAAGAUGGCGUGGACUUCGAAAUUUCAAAAGGACUCCAAUUUUUCGGCAGUGUUCAUGGCAGCAAAGUAUGGUAUGAUGCAGUAG